AUGCUCGCUAUCCUGAGCCGACUUUUUGUGCUCAGCGCUCUCUUUAACGUUCCUGCGUACUCAAAGAGCCCGUCGUUGAACAUUCUCUUGACCAACGAUGAUAGCUGGGCGUCGGCGAACAUCAGAGCGACGUACUCUGCUCUCAAGGCAGACGGGCACAACGUUCUCUUGGUAGCACCCGCGGUGCAACAGUCCGGACGAGGAGGCACCUUUGUUCUUCCGACCACCAACAUAACAGCGCCCGGAGGCGAAUUUGGUUCAAUACCUGUCGGUGCGCCGUACUUUGGUCACGACGAGAAUGACCAGAACCUGUGGUAUUUCAAUGGAACGCCUGCGGCCUCAGCAGUUUUCGGCAUUGAUAUCAUCGCUCCUAUGCGUUUUGGCGACAAGCCCAUUGACCUCGUCGUCUCUGGUCCAAACGAGGGCAGCAACAACGGCCCAUUCUUGUACACGCUUAGCGGGACCAUCGGCGCGUCCUAUGCGUCUGUUGAGCGAGGCAUACCAGCAAUAGCUAUAUCAGCAGGCAACGGCACUCAUCGCUCCUUCACGACUAACACUGGUGCGAAGGAUGAUCCUGCGAACAUCGCUGCUCAAUUAAUAGUCAACUUUGUCGCUGCUCUUACUCGCGGUAUCGAUCCCACACAAACGCGCCUCCUCCCUCUCGGAGUUGGCAUUGGAAUCAACAUGCCCGUAUUUGGACCAGGAAAUCCUUGUGUAGCGCCCCCGUUUGUUUCAACACGUAUGACCGGCGGUGCUGUCAUUGACCGACUUUCGAUUGAUCCAACAACCGGAUUUCCUGUAUCCAACGACUUGGUAGCUGACGGCCUCAACGUCAUCUUGAAUGGGAAUCCCCAACUUCCUGGUGAAACACUAACCAGCGCAGAAUGUAAGACCGCGGUAAGCGUGUACUCGGUGGACUACGAUGCCCCUUCCGAGGUGGCGGCUCCCAUCCAGAAACACCUUGCACCAAUCUUCGGGAAAACGAAAUUGGGUUAA